GUCGAGGGAGGAAGAGGCAUGCGGUACCACGCAAAGGAAAGACUCCAGCAAGGAGGCGGGUCGGAGUGGGUUUUCGAGGAACGAGACACGCCUCUCACACCGACAAGCAUGCUGCUCGUCCGCGUGCUGAUUGGCAAGGUUGAGAAAAGAGACCGACUGCUUGAAGUCAUGCAGAAAACGCCUAUAAGACAAGGUCAACCAGGUUGGAACUGCGUAGGAUGGGUGAAAGAGGUUCUGGAAACGCUCGCGGCCGACAAGAAAGCACUGGGUACUAGCGUCACUGAUUGGGGUAAGGUACGAAAUGCUGCCAUGGGAUACGUCCAGAGCAAGAAAGACCAGCAUCGAUUCGACGGACAGGGUAAUUUCGAUAUGGGAAAGAUACCAACGUACGAUUUGAUUGAGAACAAGGAAACGACUCCGUAGAGUAGACUUGAUAAACUCAGAAGUCGCCGAAAAACCUUUGACGGAUCUCCUCCAUGGCCAGCUCUUU